UUAUCCUCCCUCGUUGUGUUUUUCAAAACAUAUACUUUUCCCAUAAAUGCCGUUUCAUUUUACUGUCAAUAUGACCAAUUAGUAUAUAAUGUAUUGUCCAGUUGACAUUUGAAUGUCACGGUAACCGUCGAUCCUGGAUGAGCCACCACCGGCCGGCCCCUCCCGCUCCCUCUUUCCAUCCUCCGUAGCGACUCUCCGCGCUUCACUCCGUAGGAGAACCCGGUGCCACCCGUACCGGUUCAUGUAUGAUUCUAUGCUAAGAUGGAGGCUCUCCGAUGGCAAGAUUAGCGUUUAAAAUACAACUACACCUUCCGCGUGUCUUCGAUGACGCCUUGGUUGGCAGCAAGAGGGAUUUAGUGACAUCUUUUUGUCGAUUUUGAGGGGAUCUAAUCAUCGGGAGCUGUUGGGGUAGUGUGCAGCCAUGAGCUCCGGGGAAGGAGCAGAGGAGACGACGAAGGACGCCGGCGACAUAGCGGCGUUUUUUAAGACAGAUGGAGCCCUCCCGAAAGAGCCCAGAGGAGAUGUAUCAAGUCAGAUUGCAGGUUUUAGGAGAAAUGAGGACAUGAGAGCGAUGGAGGUGCUUCCCAUCCUGAAAGAAAAAGUAGCGUUUUUGUCAGGCGGCAGGGACCGACGCGGCGGUCCAGUGUUGACCUUCCCGUCACGCAGCAACCAUGACCGAAUACGAACGGACGACCUGAGGAGACUGAUCGCCUACCUCGCCGGCAUCCCCAGCGAGGAGGUUUGUAAACAUGGCUUCACUGUCAUCGUUGACAUGCGUGGCUCCAAGUGGGACAGCAUCAAGCCUCUGCUGAAGAUCCUGCAGGAGUCGUUCCCGUCGUGCAUCCACGUCGCGCUCAUCAUCAAGCCUGACAACUUCUGGCAAAAGCAGAGGACCAAUUUCGGAAGCUCCAAGUUUGAGUUUGAGACCACCAUGGUGUCAUUAGAAGGCCUGACCAAGGUGGUGGACCCCUCCCAGCUGACAGCAGACUUUGAUGGCAGUCUGGACUACAACCAUGAAGAAUGGAUAGAGGUCCGAGUGGCCUUCGAGGAGUUCUCUGGUCAUGCUACACAGAUGCUGGCCCGACUAGAAGAGAUGCAGGAGACUGUUUCACGUAAAGACUUCCCCCAAGACCUGGAGGGAGCCCGGAGAAUGAUAGACGAACACGCCACAUUAAAGAAGAAGGUCAUCAAAGCACCGAUAGAGGAGCUGGACACUGAGGGACAAAGGUUAUUACAGAGGAUCCAGAGCAGCGAGUCCUCCUCCAACCGCAAUGGCGGCAGCAGCGGAGGGAGCGGCGGGAGCAGCACGAGCAGCAACGCCGACACCCAGGGCCUGGUGCCGCGUAUCACCCAGCUGCUUGACAAGCUGCACUCCACCCGCCAGCACCUCCACCAGGCAUGGCACGUCCGCAAGCUCCAGCUUGACCAGUGCUUCCAGCUCCGCCUCUUCGAGCAGGACGCGGAGAAGAUGUUUGACUGGAUCAUGCACAACAAGGGCUUGUUCCUGGCAGGCUACACUGAGAUCGGCAACAACCAUCCGCACGCCGUGGAGCUGCAAACACAGCACAACCACUUCGCCAUGAACUGCAUGAAUGUCUACGUGAACAUCAACCGCAUCAUGUCUGUGGGCAAUCGACUCCUGGAGUCGGGUCACUACGCCUCCCAUCAGAUCAAGCAGAUCUCAGGCCAGUUGGAGCAGGAGUGGAAAGCCUUUGCCGCCGCAUUGGAUGAACGCAGCACACUGCUAGAGAUGUCGGCCAGCUUCCACCAGAAGUGUGACCAGUACAUGAGCAAUGUGGACACAUGGUGUAAGGCGUGCGGCGAGGUGGACUUACCCUCUGAACUUCAGGACCUUGAAGACGGCAUUCACCAUCACCAAGGCUUAUACGAACACAUCACCUCUGCCUACUCGGAGGUAAGCCAGGAUGGCAAAGCCCUCUUGGACAAACUGCAACGACCUCUGACCCCAGGCAGUGCUGACUCGCUGACGGCUUCAGCCAACUACUCCAAGGCGGUCCAUCACGUCUUGGACAUCAUCCACGAGGUGCUGCAUCACCAAAGGCAGCUGGAGAACAUCUGGCAGCACCGUAAGGUCCGGCUGCACCAACGUCUGCAGCUCUGCGUCUUUCAACAGGAUGUCCAGCAGGUUCUAGACUGGAUAGAAAACCACGGUGAGGCCUUCCUCAGCAAGCACACGGGGGUGGGCAAGUCCCUCCACCGAGCCCGAGCUCUCCAGAAACGACAUGAAGACUUUGAGGAGGUGGCCCAGAACACUUACACCAAUGCAGACAAGCUGCUGGAGGCGGCCGAGCAGCUGGCCCAGACGGGAGAGUGCGACCCGGAGGAGAUCUACCAGGCCGCCCACCAGCUGGAAGACAGGAUCCAAGACUUUGUCCGGCGCGUGGAACAGCGCAAAGUCCUGCUGGACAUGUCUGUCGCCUUCCACACACACGUCAAAGAGCUGUGGACAUGGCUGGAAGAGCUCCAGAAAGAGCUGCUGGACGACGUGUACGCCGAGUCGGUGGAAGCGGUCCAGGAUCUGAUUAAACGCUUCGGCCAGCAACAGCAGACCACGCUGCAGGUCACCGUCAACGUCAUCAAGGAGGGAGAGGAUCUCAUCCAACAGCUCAGGGACUCGGCCAUCUCCAGCAACAAAACGCCGCACAACAGCUCCAUCAACCACAUUGAGAGCGUGCUACAGCAGCUGGAUGAGGCUCAAGCCCAAAUGGAGGAGCUCUUCCAGGAGAGGAAAAUCAAACUGGAGCUUUUCCUGCAGCUCCGCAUCUUCGAGAGGGACGCCAUUGAGAUUAUCUCUGACCUGGAGUCGUGGAACGAGGAGCUGACGGGUCAGAUGAAUGAUUUUGACACCGAGGACCUGACGCUGGCCGAGCAGAGGCUGCAGCAUCACGCCGACAAGGCCUUGACCAUGAACAACCUUACCUUCGAUGUCAUCCACCAGGGCCAGGAGCUGCUUCAAUAUGUUAAUGAAGUACAGGCGUCUGGUGUCGAGCUACUGUGCGACCGCGAUGUCGACAUGGCAACCCGUGUUCAGGACUUGCUGGAGUUCCUCCACGAGAAGCAGCAGGAGCUGGACCUGGCGGCAGAGCAGCACCGCAGGCACCUGGAGCAGUGCGUCCAGCUCAGACAUCUGCAGGCCGAGGUCAAACAGGUUCUGGGUUGGAUCCGCAAUGGCGAGUCCAUGCUGAAUGCGGGUCUGAUCACAGCCAGCUCCCUGCAAGAAGCAGAGCAGCUACAGAGGGAACAUGAACAGUUUCAGCACGCCAUCGAGAAGACCCACCAGAGUGCUCUGCAGGUUCAGCAGAAGGCCGAGGCUCUGCUCCAGGCCAAUCACUAUGACAUGGACCUGAUCAGAGAUUGUGCAGAGAGCGUGGCGUCCCACUGGCAGCAACUCAUGUUGAAGAUGGAGGACAGGCUCAAGCUGGUCAACGCCUCUGUGGCCUUCUACAAGACCUCAGAACAAGUAUGCAGUGUGUUGGAAAGCCUGGAGCAGGAGUAUAAGAGGGAGGAGGACUGGUGUGGCGGUGCAGACAAACUCGGUCCCAACUGUGAAACUGAUCACGUGACCCCCAUGAUCAGUAAACACCUGGAGCAGAAGGAGGCGUUCCUCAAGGCGUGUACUCUGGCCAGGAGAAAUGCUGACGUCUUCCUCAAAUACAUGCACAGGAACAGCGUCAACAUGCCGGGAAUGCUGAGUCACGUCAAAGCACCCGAGCAGCAAGUUAAAAACAUCCUCAAUGAGCUGCUGCAGAGAGAAAACCGUGUGCUGCACUUCUGGACCAUGAGAAAGCGGCGCCUGGACCAGUGUCAGCAGUACGUGGUGUUUGAACGCAGUGCCAAACAGGCCCUGGAGUGGAUUCACGACACUGGCGAGUUUUACCUGUCCACACACACCUCCACUGGCUCGACUAUCCACCACACACAGGAGCUGCUUAAGGAGCACGAGGACUUCCACAUCACCGCCAAGCAAACCAAAGAGCGCGUGAAGCUGCUCAUCCAGCUGGCGGACGGCUUCUGCGACAAAGGUCACAGUCAUGCGGGAGAGAUCAAAAAGUGGGUUACGGCCGUGGACAAACGCUACAGAGACUUCUCCCUGCGAAUGGACAAGUACCGCUGCAGUUUGGAGAAAGCCUUGGGCAUCUCCUCGGACUCCAACAAGGCUAGUAAGGAUCUCCAAUUGGACAUCAUUCCAGCCACAGCGCCAGGGUCAGAGGUCAAGCUGAGGGAUGCUGCCCAUGAGCUCAACGAGGAGAAACGCAAGUCUGCACGCAGAAAGGAGUUCAUCAUGGCAGAGCUGAUUCAGACAGAAAAGGCCUACGUACGCGACCUACGGGAGUGCAUGGAUACGUACCUGUGGGAGAUGACCAGUGGGGUGGAAGAGAUCCCUCCAGGAAUCAUCAAUAAGGAGCUCAUCAUCUUUGGGAACAUGCAGGACCUUUAUGAAUUCCACCAUAACAUCUUUCUCAAAGAGCUGGAGAAAUAUGAACAGCUGCCAGAGGAUGUCGGCCAUUGCUUUGUUACAUGGGCUGAUAAGUUCCAGAUGUACGUGAAUUACUGCAAGAACAAGCCCGACUCCACUCAGCUCAUCUUGGAGCAUGCUGGGAACUAUUUUGAUGAAAUUCAGCAGAGGCACCGACUGGCCAACUCAAUCUCUUCCUACCUGAUUAAGCCCGUGCAGAGAAUCACUAAAUAUCAGCUUCUGCUAAAGGAGCUGCUGACGUGCUGCGAAGAAGGCAAAGGCGAGAUCAAGGACGGCCUGGAGGUGAUGCUCAGUGUUCCCAAAAAAGCCAACGACGCCAUGCACCUCUCCAUGCUGGAAGGUUUUGAUGAAAACAUCGAGUCGCAAGGGGAGCUGAUCCUCCAGGACUCCUUCCAAGUGUGGGAUCCAAAGACGCUGAUCCGCAAAGGCCGAGACCGCCACCUCUUCCUCUUUGAGAUGUCCCUGGUCUUCAGCAAGGAGGUCAAAGACUCCAACGGCAGGAGCAAAUACAUCUACAAGAGCAAACUCUUUACCUCAGAGUUGGGGGUGACGGAGCAUGUCGAGGGAGACCCAUGCAAGUUUGCACUUUGGGUGGGACGCACUCCCACGUCAGACAAUAAGAUCGUGCUUAAGCUAAGUCAGGGAUCCAAACACGGAGCGAUGGCGUCCAACAUUGAGAACAAGCAGGACUGGAUCAAGCACAUCAGGGAGGUGAUCCAGGAGCGUACCAUCCACCUGAGGGGGGCGCUCAAGGAGCCCAUUCAUAUUCCCAAAGCCAGCACAGCCAAGCACCACAAGGGCCGCAGGGACGGGGAGGACCUUGACAGUCAAGGUGAAGGCAGCAGCCAACCAGACACAAUCUCCCUUGCCUCUCGCACCUCCCAGAACACACUGGACAGCGACAAGCUCUCCGGCGGCUGCGAGCUGACGGUGGUGAUUCACGACUUCAUGGCGAGCAACAGCAAUGAGCUGACGGUGCGUCGCGGCCAGACGGUAGAGGUUCUCGAGCGCUGCCAUGACAAGCCCGACUGGUGCUUGGUGAGGACCACGGACCGCUCCCCCGCCCUGGAGGGCUUGGUGCCUUGCUCCAUGCUCUGCAUUGCACACUCUCGCUCCUCCAUGGAGAUGGAGGGCAUCUUCAACCACAAAGACACUUUGUCAGUAUGCAGCAAUGACUCCAUCAUGCCAGGCUCCUCUGCUACACUUCAGCCUGGUCAUGGAAUGGGCUCCCAUGCUUCACCAGGGCCAAAGCGACCAGGCAACACCUUACGAAAGUGGCUCACCAGCCCCGUCCGCCGGCUCAGCAGCGGCAAGGCGGACGGCCACGUGAAGAAGCUGGCCCACAAGCACAAGAAGAACCGCGAGGUGAGGAAGAGCGGCGAGAUGACCAUGGGGUCCCAGAAGGACUCUGACGACAGCGCCGCCACGCCUCAGGACGAGACUGUAGAGGAGGUUGGAGAGUCGUGGCCGCAUUCCGUCGAGUCGUGGUGCGGGUCGGACUUGAAUGGUUUCGCUGUGUUGCAGAGGGUCCGCAACGAGGGGCUGUCAAGCGGCACUCUGUCCAAGUCCAGUUCUUCGGGCAUGCAGAGCUGCGGCGAGGAGGAGGGCGAGGAGGGUCCUGAUGCGGUCCCCCUGCCUCCACCUAUGGCCAUCCAGCAGCACAGCCUGCUGCAGGCGGACUCACAGGACGAUAAGAACUCCUCUCGUCUGUCGGUCCGCCCAUCCAGUUCAGAGACGCCCAGUGCUGCCGAGCUGGUGAGCGCCAUCGAGGAGCUGGUCAAAAGCAAGAUGGCUCUGGAGGAUCGGCCCAGCUCGCUGUCAGUGGAGCAAGGCGACAGCAGCUCUCCUUCCUUCAACCCCUCAGACAACUCCCUCCUCUCCUCGUCCUCCCCCAUGGAGGAGAUGGAUGAACGGCGGGCCAGCAUCCUUAAGAAGAGACAUUACGUUCUGCUAGAAUUGGUGGAAACGGAGCGAGAUUAUGUGAAAGACCUGGGCCAGGUGGUGGAGGGUUACAUGAGUCGGAUGAAGGAGGAGGGCGUCCCCGAUGACAUGAAGGGCAAAGACAAAAUCGUGUUUGGCAACAUCCAUCAAAUCUUUGACUGGCACAAAGAUUUCUUCCUUGGUGAGUUGGAGAAAUGUUUGGAGGACCCAGACAGACUGGGACCACUCUUUCUCAAACAGGAGCGGCGGUUAAACAUGUAUGUGGUGUAUUGUCAAAACAAGCCCAAGUCUGAGCACAUCGUCUCAGAGUACCUUGACACCUAUUUUGAGGACUUGAAGCAGCGGCUUGGCCAUCGCCUGCAGAUCACAGACCUGCUCAUCAAGCCAGUCCAGAGGAUCAUGAAGUACCAACUGCUGCUGAAGGACUUGUUGAAACACUCUAAAAAGGCAGGGCUGGACUCUGUGGACCUGGAGAAAGCAGUGGAGGUCAUGUGCAUCGUGCCUAAAAGGUGCAAUGAUAUGAUGAAUGUGGGCCGGCUUCAGGGAUUUGAUGGGAAGAUCGUAGCCCAGGGCCGCCUUCUGCUGCAGGACACGUUCAUGGUGUCUGACGCAGACAGCAGUGUGCUGGGCCGCAUGAAGGAGAGGAGAGUCUUCCUCUUUGAGCAGCUCAUCAUCUUCAGCGAGCCGCUGGACAAGAAGAAAGGCUUCUCCCUGCCUGGCUUCCUGUACAAGAACAGCAUCAAGGUCAGCAGUUUGGGUCUAGAAGACAACGUAGAGGGCGACCCCUGCAAGUUCAUGCUAACUUCUCGCUCGACCAACGGCACUGUGGAGUCGUUUGUGCUGCAUUCUUCUCACCCGGGGGUACGUGAGGUGUGGACGCUUCAGAUCGGCCAAAUACUGGAGAGCCAACGCAAUUUUCUCAAUGCUCUGACCUCGCCGAUAGACUACCAGAGGAAUCAUGUUGGGGCCAGUGGGGGGUCCAGCAUGGGAGCUGCAGGUGGAGGCAGUAGUGGGUCUAACGUAACAGGAAGUUCCCAAGCUGGCAGCGCCAUCCCUCCCCAAGGUGGCUGCCGUCGACCCUCCAGGAUCCCCCAGCCGUCUCGCCUGCCACAACCCCUCCGCCAACACCCCGGGGCCGACCCCGACAGCCCCAACAAGAUGUCAGGUCCAAGUCCCCGUCCCGUUCCUCGCCCCCUACUCCCUCCGGGGGGCAGCCCACAGGGUAAGCGCCCCGGCGUCCAGGCCCUAGAGGACCAAACACUGACCCCUACAAAUGCAGUAGCCCCUAUGGUCCGUGCCACAGUUGGGCCGUUGCCCUCCACUCCCGUAUCCAAACAACGGCCUGGAGCCGUGCCCCCUCUUGUGCCCCCCACUUUUACCAAGGAAGUCCUCCCUCCUCCCCCUGCCAGCCCCAGUCAGAAGUCUGGGUCUGGAUUCUGGAGCUCCAUGCCAGGCUCUCCAGCGAGCCGGCCGGGCUCGUUCACCUUUCCAGGGGAAGCUGGGGAGAGUCCGGCACGUCAGAACUCUAGCCAGGUCCAGACCGGCUCUGGGAACCCAAAUCAAAGCCACAGACACUCCACGCACAGCAAGGACGCUGACCGCAUGAGUACCUGCUCAUCCACCAGCGAGCAGUCCAUCCAGUCCACUCAGAGUAACGGGAGUGAAACUAGCAGCAGCAGUAGCGUAUCCACCAUGUUGGUCACCCAGGACUACAUGGCGGUGAAGGAGGAUGAGAUCAGCGUAAUGCAAGGCGAGGUGGUCCAGAUUUUGGCCAGCAACCAGCAAAACAUGUUCCUGGUGUUCCGGGCGGCGACCGAGCAAGGCCCCGCCGCUGAAGGCUGGAUCCCAGGAUUCGUCCUCGGACACACCUCCGCCAUUGCACCCGACUGCCCCGAGGGAUCAGUCAAUAGGAAGUCUUCUUCCUGGCAUACAACUUUGCGCAUCCGUAAGAAAUCUGAGAAAAAGGACAAAGAGGCCAAGAAAGAUCCAAAGCUGGAGAACGGUUACAGGAAGUCCAGAGACGGCAGUAAAGUUUCUGUAAAGCUUCUAAAUCCAAAUUACAUCUACGAUGUUCCGCCCGAGUUCCUUGUCCCUCUGAGCGACGUCACGUGUGACAACAGAGAGAGCGUCACCUUGAGGUGUAAGGUGUGUGGUCGACCCCGUGCCACCGUCGCCUGGAGGGGACCCAACCAGAGCAACCUCACUAACAAUGGCCGCUUCUCCAUCACCUAUAGCGAUACCGGCGAGGCAACCCUGCGGAUCAUCGGCGUGUCGUCGGACGAUGACGGCGUUUACACGUGCAUCGCCACCAACGAGCUUGGCAGCGUCACGUCGUCGGCUAGCCUCAGAGUGCUUGAUGUAUCCAUUGACGGCGUGCGAGUGAGCUGGAAAGACAACUUCGACUCUCACUUCAGCGAGGUGCUUGAACUGGGCAGGGGACGUUUCUCCGUCGUCAAGCGCUGUGACCACCUCGCCACCAAGCGAACAGUUGCGGUCAAACAGGUGAACAAGAAGCUGAUGCGGCGGGACCGGGUCACGCAGGAAGUCAACCUGCUUCAGAGGCUCCAACAUCCCAACAUCAUCAGCCUGGUGGACACCUACGAAACCCCCAGCAGCUUUGUUCUGGUCCUGGAGAUGGCUGACCAAGGCCGUCUGCUGGACUACAUCAUCAGCUGGGGCAACCUGACGGAGGAGAAGGUGGCCGGCUACCUGCGUGACCUUUUAGAUGCUUUACACUACUUGCACAACAGCAGAAUAGUACAUCUGGACAUCAAGCCUGAGAACCUGCUGGUGGCUCAUUGCUCCAUCGGCCAGCCGUCAGUCAAACUGGCAGACCUGGGUGACGCCGUGCAGCUCAACAGCACCCCCUACGUGCACCCCUUGCUGGGCAGCCCCGAGUUCGCGUCCCCGGAGCUGGUGCUUGGCGACCCCGUGUCGCUGACGUCAGACGUGUGGAGCGCGGGAGUUGUGGCCUACGUGCUGCUGAGCGGCGCCUCGCCUUUCCUGGACGAGAGCGCCGAGGAGACGUGCCUGAACAUCUGUCGCCAGGACUUCAGCUUCCCCAGGGAUUACUUCCACGGCGUCAGCCAGGCGGCGCGGGACUUUGUGUGCCUGCUCCUGAGGGCCGACCCCGCCAGGAGGCCUCCGUCCGGGCUGUGCCUGCAGGAGGUGUGGCUGCAGGCGGCCGACAUCCGCUCCACGGCCGAGUGCUGCUUGGACACGUCUCGUCUCGUCUCCUUCAUCGACCGCAGGAAACACCAGACAGACGCGCGGCCCAUCGGAGGGGUGCGGAGCCUCACCCAGAGCCGCCUUCAGCACCGGGUCUGAAUCCACAGCAGAAGGAACUUUGGAUAAAAAGUACAGUAGAAGGCUGAGCUCAUCCUCACUGACGGAAUGUCCUGUUGUCCCACAUGGGGGCCCUCGUCUACUGCUGCUUGCUGCUUUACACUCACAUUUUAUACUUAAGACAAUACAAAUGUACAAAACAUAAAAAAUAUAUAUAUAUAGUUGAAGUAAUUUAUUUUCCUUAGCAAGGGUGAACAAGGAUGGAGAGCUUUUCAAGAAAGAGUGACAGCUGAGGGAGAAGCUUUUGCUUUGCUCUUUUACACUCCACUCCAACUUUCUUACAUUUAUAGAAAGCCUAAAGGAACGCUCCACGUGUCAAAUAUGGAGACAUGCAGGCGUUCUUUUUCCUAGAACAAAAGCUGUGUAUGCGUGCGUAUGUAUGUAUGUAUGUAUGUGUGGCGCUGAUAUGUAUGUCUAAGCCUUACCUUGUACAUAAGACUUGUACUGCCUUGGUGGGCCCCGACUUUGGAGGUCUGCACCUGCGGAGGAAAAGAAGCAAAGUGUAAAUGAUGCACUCGUGGUACGUCGUGUUUUUCUCAUGUGCAAUGUUGCAGCUUUAACGUUUUAUGCAACUAUUUAUGAAGACAUCCGUGGUUGUGUGUCAUAAUAAAAACCAUGUAGAGGAAGGCGUGUACUUGGUACUGCGAGCACUGCUGGUCGUUUGUGUUCACCGGCUACAAUCAUUACGAUCAAAAAUAUGUUUUAUUUGUACCGUACGUCCGUGUACCAAAGUCGCUAGCGUUACCGAACGUUACAAAAAAAAAGGUUUUAUUGUUAAGUUUCACAGUUGCUAUGUGAAAUGAUUGUUUACACGAGUCAGUGAUGUUAAAAGAACAAAAUGUGCCCCCGCCCCUACAAACAGCAAGGUUGAAGUUUAAUUUUGUACAUUAUUUUGUCAAAAACGGUCUUUGUGUACAGAUGUUUUUUUUUUUUGUUGUUGUUGCCAAACUCAGCAUUGUUUAACAAAGCACCCUUUGCAUUAAGCUCAAGAAGUCUAACAUUUUAUUUAUUUUGGUGUGCUGAGGCCAUGAAAGGAACUGGAUACCUCAGUUUGAGGGUUUUUUGUUACCUGCUCAUAUUUCACUAGUUUGCUAUUUGAUUUUAUCUUGUACCUUUUUUGCAUGUAUAUUUUUUGUAUAGAUCAUACUUCUCUUGUAAAUAUUGUCAUUUUCAUCAGUUAUUUGAAGAUUAAACAUAUUGGACACAGAGAUCCA